AUGGCCAGCAAGGCCCUUGAAAGAUAUUUCUCCCUAGAGGGGCGGACAGCGGUCGUAACUGGGGGUACCCGGGGCAUUGGGGCAGACAUGGCAAUUGCCCUGGCAGAGGCAGGGGCCGAUAUUAUAUUAAUCCAGCGCGAUGAGAGCAACUGCGCUACGAAACAGACAAUCGAGGGCCUAGGAAGAAAAGCCUGGGUCUACACCUGCGAUCUAGCAUCGGACCAGGACGUUUCCGAGCUGACCGCUAGAAUCCUCAAGGACGGUCAUGAUCCGAGCAUUAUGGUGACCUGUGCUGGUAUACAGAGACGGCAUCCGAGUCAUGUAUUCCCCAAGAAUGAUUGGGACGAGGUGCUACAGGUUAAUCUGUCUACGGUAUUCACCCUCUGCCGGGAUGUCGGUGCGCACAUGCUCACCCGGACGCCUGAUGCGAGCGGCCACAGGGGAAGUAUUAUCAACGUUGCGAGCCUGGUGUCUUUCCAGGGUGGAUUGACUGUGCCUGCGUACGCGGCAGCUAAAGGCGGAGUCGCACAGUUGACCAAGGCCCUAUCCAACGAGUGGGCUUCCAAGGGUGUCAAUGUGAAUGCGAUCGCGCCUGGGUAUGUUGCUACGGAUAUGAACGAGGCAUUGUUGAAGGACGAGGAGCGGGCGGCGAGUAUUCUGGCCAGGAUUCCUGCGGCGAGAUGGGGCAGCCCGGAGGACUUUAAGGGUGCUACGAUCUUCUUGGCCAGCAAGGCCAGUUUGUAUGUGUCUGGUGAGAUUCUGACUGUUGAUGGAGGGUGGAUGGGAAGGUGA